UUUUCACCAAGGGAUAAGCUAAGCUAAGCUUUUUCUUUUUUUUCUUUUCUUUCUUUCUUCCUUAUAAACUUUUUUUUUUUUUUUUACAGUCAAUAACUCUCAAUAGAGUGUGACGGAGAGAUUCUUCUUCCUGGGUAGCUCUCGUUUUCCGUCUUCUUCUUCCAAAAUCCAAUCACAUUUCAGCUUCUCUUAGGGUUUUCUUCGUCUUCCUCUGGAUCUAUGUGAAUAGGCUAAUAACUAGUACCUGACUGACUGAAAUAUCUUCCAAGCUUUCAAGCACAAGGACUUUGUUUUUACUGGUUUUGUUACUCUGCGUAAGGAGAUUGUGAUAGAAAAGGAGGAGGAGGGAUGUCAAGUGUUCGGAAUACCCAUUGGUGUCACAGAUGUCAGCGUGCUGUUUGGCUUCGAGCUCGGGAUGCUGUUUGUUCAUAUUGUGGAGGAGGAUUUGUUGAGGAAAUCGAUCUUGGACCGAGUAGCCCCUUUGAUAUGCUUAGAGCUCACAGGGAUGUUGAGCGUGAUCCAACCUUUGAUCUCAUGGAAGCUUUCUCUGCUUUUAUGAGAAGCCGCUUAGCUGAAAGAAACUAUGACCGGGAGAUUAGCGGAAGACUUGGCUCUGCGGGUUCUGAAAGCUUUUCAAACUUAGCUCCUCUAUUGAUCUUCGGUGGACAAGCUCCCUUUAGAUUGGCUGGUGGAGAUAAUAAUAAUUCAGUUGAAGCCUUUGUCAAUGGCGCAGCACCUGGAAUUGGUAUCACGCGUGGCACCAAUGCCGGAGACUACUUUUUCGGACCUGGUCUUGAAGAACUGAUUGAACAGCUUUCAUCGGGCACUCAUCAUCGAGGCCCACCACCAGCACCAAAAUCAUCAAUUGAUGCAUUGCCAACCAUCAAGAUCACACAGAAGCAUAUCAAGUCAUCAGACUCUCACUGCCCGGUUUGCAAGGACGAGUUUGAACUGAAAUCAGAAGCAAAACAGAUGCCGUGUAACCAUAUCUAUCAUUCUGACUGCAUUGUCCCGUGGCUGGUUCAGCAUAACUCAUGCCCAGUCUGUCGUAAAGAGUUACCAUCAAGAGGAUCUUCUUCAAGCACACAGAGUAAUCAGAACAGAAGCACCAGUACUGGAAGAGAAAACAACAGGAGAAGGAAUAUCUUCUCUAACCUCUGGCCAUUCCGCUCGUCUAGCUCAAGCUCGACUCAAAACCGUAGAGACACAAACAACACAACGACUACAGAAGAAGGGCACUAUCAACAUCACCAGCAGCAACAGCAACAACAUCAACAUCAUCAGCAACAAUCACAUAUGGGUUACAGUGGAUGGCCUUUUGACUACUAAAGGUUAAUCUAACUCUCCUUGACUCCUUUAGAGCCUUCUGUUGCACUUUGGUCUUUGUAUUUUGUUUUUGCUUUGUCAUGUUUCUUUAUCUCUUCUUUCUCUUACUUUGUUCAUUGUUUACUGUAGAUCUUCUGUUUCUGUGUUUACGGCUUAUCAACUUUUGAGUUUAUUCUGGAAUAUUGUGUAUCUCACACAUGUUAGCUUGUUAUUGAAUUUGCAUUAAAUAAUUUUUAAUUAUAUUAGACUUAUGUA